AUGACCAAACACAGCAAGAAUGCAUCAUGUCGAGUCUUUUAUUCAAAUCAAGAGAAGGAUCGUUUGAGACAAGGAACACAACAAUCGAGGCUCGGAAGCGAGUCGAUGAGGCCAUUUGAUGCUUGUUGUUUGUGCAAUCAGCCAGUGUACAAACCUGCUGUGUCUAAAAGCGGAUUUUUAUAUUGCUACGAAUGUAUUCUUGAGAAUUUGGUGCAGCAAAAGAAAGAAAAUGAAAGAAAAAAAUUAGAGAUGGAAGAAAAGGAAAUAGAGGAGCAAAUUAAACAAAUUAAAGAAUCUGAAGAGAAGCAAUAUUUACAACUGGAGAGGAAAUUGGAUAUUUUACAAAAUAGUGUAGUAUCUAGUGCAUCAUCAUCGACCAAUUCAACUCCGAUAUCAUCAAGCAGCACUCCAACAAGCGAGAUUAACAAGAAGAAGAAGAAGAAAAUUAAAAAAUUAAAAACUACGGAUCCAAUGAAUCCAAAGGAAACGCUCAAGAUGAAGGAUCUAGUUAGAGUUAACUUCAAGCUAACAACAAAAGCUGAAGAAGAGGGAGAAUUAAUACCUGAAUUUAAUGUUAGAUAUGAAUGCCCAUGUUGCUUCAAGGUAUUCAAUAAUGCUUGUAAAGGAGCGUAUGUAGUGAGAGAAUGUGGUCAUGUGAUGUGUGUGACAUGUUUUGAUAAGUUUUGCAAAGAUAGCAAUGAAUGCUUUGUCUGUCAAGGAAAGGUUAAGAAGAAACCAAUCCGUUUAGUAUGUGCAAAUCUCGGCUUUGCGCAUAACGACGAACAUAGAGAGAGCGUAGUCGCCACCACUUGGACACCAACUAUGAAUAUAUCGUAA